CGAAUGAAAGUCGCAUUUAUAUUAAAAUAGCGACAGCAGCUGAGAACGAUUAUUACAAAACGCGACUUUAAGGCUAAAUUUUCAGCGCACUCAGCGAUGAUCGACGGUUGUCUUGAAUGAGGCCGCUGCAUUUGCUGUCUGAAUCCGCUGUUCUGACGUUAUCAAAAGUGGCGGCAGCCCAUUGUCAAGCCGUUAAAGCGUCUCUGAUCUCCGAUUUAUACAUCUCUAAUAAUCUCAUCAACGGGUACGUGAAAUGCAGAGACUUACGAAAUGCUCAGAAGCUGUUCGACGAUAUGCCUCACAGAGAUACAGUCUCUUGGAAUACCGUUAUCGCAGGAAACGUGAAUAGGGGAAGUUUUGGCAGUGCCUGGGGAGUCUUGAAGUCGAUGAAACGGUGUGGAUUUUUGUUUGAUGCGUAUACUUUUGGAAGCGUACUGAAAGGUGUAGGUGUUAGUGGUGGUCUGUUGUAUGGGCUCCAAGUUCAUUCGGAUGUGGUGAAGAUGGGGUUUGAUGAUAACGUUUAUGCUGCUAGUGCACUUUUAGAUAUGUAUGCGAAGAGGGGUAGACUUGAUGAUGCGCGGAAGGUUUUUGAGUGUAUGCCAUGGCGGAACACAGUAUCUUGGAAUGCUUUGAUGGCAGGGUAUGCAGAGAUUGGGGAUUUACAGCGUUGUAUAGAGUUGCUUGUAAGUAUGGAGAUGGAGGGUGUGAGAAUGGAUGAUGGGACAUUUGCACCUCUUAUGACAUUGCUUUGCAAUGUCGAUUCCUAUGAGUUGUUGCGGCAGCUCCAUGGAAUGGUAAUGAAACAUGGCCUGGUGCACGAGACCAUAGUGUUUAAUGCGAUGAUCACCGCAUAUGCAGAAUGUGGAUGCAUUGAAGAUGCUGAAAGAGUGUUUGAUGGUGCCGAUGCAUUCCGGGAUUUGGUGACAUGGAACUCGAUGUUAGCAGCUUAUUUAGAGCAUGGUUUGGAAGGAUGUGGAUUUGAUCUUUUCUUGAAGAUGGUGCGGCAGGGAUUGGAACUGGAUGCUUAUUCGUAUUCUGUUAUAAUAAGUUCUUGCUUUGGUGAUGCGCAAUGGGGACUUGGAAAGUCGUUGCAUUGUUUGGUUAUAAAACGGGGAUUUGAGCAGUCGACACAGGUGUCUAAUGCAUUGGUUUCCAUGUACACUAAACACAAUAGCCAAAGUAUGGAGGAUGCGUGGAAAACAUUCGAACGCUUACAUGUGAAGGAUCUUGUAUCCUGGAAUACAAUCUUGACGGGCUUGUCUCAAAAUGGGAUGAGCGAAGAUGCCUUGAGGCUCUUUCAGAAGAUGCGUCUUGAUCGUAUGGUUUUUGACCAAUUUACCUUCACGGCAAUCUUGAGAUCUUGCUCAGACUUGGCGAUACUUAAGUUAGGUCAACAGAUUCAUGUCUUGGUGGUGAAAUCUGGCCUUGAAGGAAAUGAGUUCGUAGCUAGUGGUUUGAUAUUUAUGUACUCAAAAUGCGGGAUCAUCGAAGAUGCUUGGAAAUCAUUUGAGGCGUGCAAUAAGGAAACGUCGGUGACAUGGAACUCAAUCAUCUUCGCACAUGCGCAGCAUGGGCAAGGUAAAGUUGCUCUUGACCUGUUUUACCGAAUGACAGAGAGACGCGUGAAGCUGGAUCACAUAACUUUUGUUGCUGCUGUCACUGCCUGUAGUCACAUUGGUCUAGUUGAAGAAGGUCUUAAGUUAUUAAAAUCUAUGGAAGCUGAGUAUAGGAUCCCGCCCCGAAUGGAAAAUUAUGCGUGCGCAAUAGAUUUGCUCGGUAGAGCUGGACGUUUGCUGGAGGCGGAAGAACUGAUCGGUGAAAUGCCAUUCGAACCUGAUUUAAUGGUGUGGAAAACAUUAUUAGGUGCUUGUAGAGCAUGUGGUGACAUACAAUUGGCAACUCAGGUAGCCGGGCAUUUGCUAGAACUCGAUCCUGGAGAUCAUUGUACUUAUGUGCUUCUAUCCGAUAUGUACGGGCAACUUAAGCGCUGGGAUAAGAAAGCUUCUGUGACGAGGUUAAUGAGAGAUAAGGGAGUCAAGAAAGUUCCUGGUUGGAGUUGGAUUGAAUUGGGCAAUGAUGUUUAUGCCUUUAAUGCAGAUGAUCACUCGCACCCAAUUUCCGUAGAAAUUUACAACGCAUUGAAGGAACUAACUAGGGAGAUUCGAAAACCUUUAGGCGAUUAUACGCUAGAUGGAUCCUUUGAUGAUCUAGUCCUUGCCAGUGAUUAUCCCAUUGUAGGUGCUGAUGGUCCUGUUUAAACAGCAAUGGUUUGAAUUCUUGGGAGAUUUAAUGGAAAUGUUUAAGGCAUCGGUCUUUUUAGACAAGAGUUUGGAAGGAAGCUUCUAUGUAUAAGGCGAAAACAUUGUGUAAUCAGCAGCAUUAAAACAGCUUUCAGGAAGCUGAAUUUCGCAUCUACGGCAGAAUUUCAACACUUCAACCAGUGGUGCUUAUCACUCGUUGCAACCACUUCGAUCUUCUUCAUUCCUAUGGUUGGAUAAGGUAGGGUAGAUCUAAUCCAUGGUGUGGAUUUGACAUCGACAGGAUCAUCCAAAAGUAGAAGCAACUAAACAAAGAAAAUAUCAACGUAGCAUCAUCAUACACAGUUGCAAUUGCGCGCCAUGGCGCCGGUGCAAUGUCGAUAGAUGGUAUGUUUUAUUUUGAUUGCCCUUUUAUGUCUGAAAAAAAUUCCUCAAAUGAAAUUUUAUGUUGAAGUGGAGAACAAUAGGAACACUGUGGGGAUUGAUGAAGAAAUCAAGAUCCUUCAAAGAUAGAACAAACAAGAUACAAUUUGCAGUUAAGAUGAUUGAUUGAUUGCUUAUUGUUUCUUCCAAUCUUCGUUCUUUAUUAUUGUUAGGUUAAUGAUUGAUGAUGUAGAAAGAUAUAUUUGGGAAUCCCAUCACUUUCAUGGAUCAAAAUCACCAUCAUUUUGACUUGUGGUUUACAUUUUCAUACCUAAACUCAUUAUCAAUAAUAUAUAUAUAUGAAAU